ACACACAGUUGUUUUUUUGUUUGGUUUCUUUCAUUAUUAUUAUUAUUAUUAUUAUUCAGAUCAUACUCUCUUCUCUCUCGGAUUCUCUCUCUCUCUCUCUUUAAUGUCUAUGAAUGUGACUCAUUUUCUGGGAAAAUUUGCAUUCCCAAACUUCGACUCUAAUUAGUUAAACUCGGUGUAGCACACAGUACAUAUAAUUGUUUAUCUUCAAUGGGUGGAGAGAGUGCAUUGAAAUCCAGAGAGGUAUCAACAAUGAUAAAGCAAGGUUUCAUAGCAGACCCCACGCUCUCUUUCUCACCUUCUAGAACCUUCUCUUCAUCUCCACCCCCUCUCACUCGCCCCACUCACACUCAGACACUCUUCGAUAUGAUGUCCGACCGCCACCCCAAAUUCUCCGACGACAACCGCCGCAAAAUGCAAGAUCGCCUCUCCAAGCUUCUCGAAGAAGCGCCGUUCCACGGUGGCGGUGAUGUCAGGGUUACCGUUGUUGGGAGGGACGGUUUCAAGGUUUCUAUGGAAGUGCAGAAGAGCGUUCUCGCCGACAAGAGUCGCUUCUUCGCGGAGAAGCUUCGUUGUGAGAAUGGGCUUUUGCACUCCGUCGAGAUCAGUGACUGCGACGACGUGGAAGUGUAUGUGGAAGCUGUCGUUUUGAUGCACUCUGAGGAUCUCAAGAGAAGGUUGAGGUCAAUGGGUGAAGGGGUUUCUAAAAUUUUGAGCUUGCUCAAGGUAUGGGCAGCUAUAAUGUUUGACCUUGGAGUUGAGUCGUGUCUCGAAUAUUUAGAAGCUAUUCCAUGGACUGAGAAUGAGCAGGAGGAAGUCAUAUCUCAACUAGGUCAUCUGCAGCUUCAUGACUCUGCAACCGAGGUUCUUCUUAGAGUAUCAUCUGAUCCAUCUACUGCUCCAAGAGCUGAUGACAUUUUCAUGGACAUGCUGAGUGGGGUUCUUCAAGCAAAAGAUGACAAAGCUCGGAGGGAAAUGAAAGCUUUGCUGUCUAAAUUGCUUAAAGAUAAUGCAUCUAGAGAUAGCAGCAGACCUGAUGUUUCUAAAGACACACUCUAUUAUCUUUGUCUGAGGUGCAUCAAUUCUCUCAUCCUACGCUUGUCUGAAGCAACCGGCAAGGAUGAGAUGCCAGACCGCGGGGUUUUAAUGAGUGAAAUAAGUCGUGAAGCUGACAAUAUUCAGUGGAUUGUUGACAUUUUGAUUGGCAAAAAGAUGUGUGAUGAAUUUGUGAAAAUAUGGGCAGAGCAGAAAGAACUUGCUACACUUCAUUCCAAAGUUCCAACAAUUUACCGCCAUGAGAUCAGUAGAAUCACAGCACAACUAUGCAUUGGCAUUGGGAGGGGACACAUACUGGUGCCUAAAGAAAGUCGAUUUUCACUAUUGUCAACAUGGCUAGAAGCUCUAUAUGAAGAUUUCGGAUGGAUGAGGAGAGCUUCUAAAGCCGUUGAUAAGAAAUUGGUUGAGGAUGGACUGAGCCAAACUAUACUGACACUUCCUUUACUCCAACAGCAGGCUCUGCUGCUGAAUUGGUUUAAUCGAUUUCUUAAUAAAGGAGAUGACUGUCCUAACAUUCAGAAGGCAUUUGAGAUUUGGUGGAGAAGGACCUUCAUCAGACAGUAUUCACCCGAGCCUGAUAAUUCCCAGUUGCAAAUAACUCUCUGUGAUUACCCAAGCUGAAAAGUAUGCAAGGGACUUUAAAAAUGAAAAAGAUUGAUUCGAAUUUGUAAAUAAGAAGUGACAUUUUGCAUUUUCACUUCUGUUUUGGCCUACUUCAAGCAAUUUGGAUUUUCAUUUUUGCCCAUUUACGUAUUUUGAUAUUUGAUUUGGUCAAUUCCGUAUUGACUCAGUGAACGCUAUGC